CUUCGCGGACAAGAGCAAGUCCACAUUAUCUAAGAUUAACCUUCAAUCAUGUCUUGGAAUGACUUCAAAGACCGACUCAUCGAACAGAAGGUGGAGCUGUGUGGCAUCUAUGACAGGAGCGGGAAAGUGUUGGCCUCAUCCCCUGACUUCCACUGUUCGCCUGACGAGGUGGCGACCAUCGCCAACGCCUUCGCCCGCAAGAACCAGUUCGGUUAUGAGUUCGGCGUGGUGGUGGGCGGCAAGAGGUGGGCCGUCAUUAUUUUGGACAUGGAUAGCGGGCUGCUGAUAGCGAAGGGCAAGGACACGGACAACCAACACAAAACCAUGGUCAUUGCCGUGUGCUCGCAGACGGUCAUCAUAGGUGAAAACAAAGAUGAGAGUGUGCCAGGAUCCGAUGUCCGGGUAGCCGUAGAACGUCUGCAAGAUGACUUCAAACUCCUUGGUUACUAAUGCAAGAACUGAACACCUUCACAAAAUUUAAAUGUGAUGAAGUUUUGCUUGCUUAGAUAGAAAUGUAUAAUCUUACAUAUUUUAUUAUUAAUCUCUCCUACUAAAUUGUAUUUUUAUUAUUUAUUUUUUAUUUUCUUUAAGUAGAUGGAAGCCUGUUUCUCUACACGAAGGUCUGUCUCCCAAAAGCAAUAUUUUAGUCCCUUAGGUUUGCUUGGGUUCUGACUCAUUUUCUUAUUAUGAUUCUCGUAAAAGAACUUAGAGACCUUCCCUUGUUUACAGAACUCUUUUCAACAUAUGUCUUACCUUUUGAUUAGUUUACUGAUUUGUUCAUGUUAUUUUAUUCUAUCUUAGAAUCGUUUCCGUUGAUUGCGGUCGACUGCUUUGAUCAUAGCUUAACUCGCUGAAAGUUUGCUUUUGCUUGUUGCCAGUUUUUUCAUGUCUUUGCUUUGUCCAUCAUAACAGCCAGGAAGUGUCGGUAUUUCACAAAGUUUAGCGGAUGGACCCCAUCUUGUCAUUGUUGUUAGGACUGACUAAGAGUUGUGAUGGGCUUGUAUUGGUGUACCUAGUGCCGACAGUGCAGCAUGUAUUCAGGAACACGGAGUAUUGCAUUAUUUUUACAUUUGCUUAGUUUUUCUCUGUCCAGAACUUUAUGCUCUUUUCUCUUCCUCUGUUAAUUGACCACUCCUUCAUUUUCACAGAUCCAUUGUGGAAUGAAAGAGCAUUGCCUGUACUCGGACACUUUUUCAGUAAUACUUGGUGUCGAUAUUCUAGUAUCUUUUGUUUUUUGUGCUCGAUACUCUCCUUGUAUGUGUCACAUGUUACACACUGCAAUGUAGUUAAUAUAAUUCUCAUGUAUGGCUUUUCAUUUGAAUGUUAAGAAACCUGGACAGCAGAACCCGAAAUAAAAACAUGUAUGUGGUGUUGAGUUA